AUGACUCCGAGUCAGACUGGCAAACACGCGGCACUACCGAUUGACGAACCACCCUCGAAGCGCAUAAGGAAUGACUCGAAUGGGACGUGCCAUGCGCCAUCCCCACUUGAGGAUGCAGGGACGUGGUCUUUCCUAGAGCGAUACCUCAAGUCCAAAUUAUCCUACGGACAGGCGGAAGAGGGAUUAAUAUCAUACCUCGGCGAUCGAUACCGCGAGGAUGACUGGAGAGAAGCCAAACUUGCGGUAUUCUCUGGUGACGGCGACGACUAUGAAGCUAUGAAUAAUUUGAUGGCCUUAAAAAGAAGGUACAUACCCGAGCCCUCUGUAUUGAGUUCGAUGCUUGUAGCUACAUUUGCAUCGAAGCGCAAACAAGUGAAACAUUGUAUUUUCAUCGACAGGGAAGCAGGAGAGGGUGACGAUGAUGAGGAGGAAGAAGAAGAAGAAGAAGAAGAAGAAGAAGAAGAAGAAGAGGGGGAUGAGUAUGACCUCCCUCCGCGUCCACGAAAAGUCACAACCUUGCCGGGACAGUCAGCUAAACAUACAUUGUCUAAGAAGAUCGAUGAGAUCUUCAACGCAUACGACGCUCAAGCUCGCGCUUCCAAGCCACCAGGAAGGCUCAGACGCAUUCCUUACAGAGCUGCCUGGUCCUCCGACACGAUCGACAACAGGAUGUAUUUGCUUAACGUUCACAGAACUGUCACGGACUACGUCGCAGAACACCUUCGAAGUAAAAAAUUCUCCGUUAUUGUGUCCCCCUGGGUACCGGGACAACUUUACGUAGUCUCAGAGAGUCCCCGGGCCAUCGCAUCAUCACUCCCGAUAUCACACAAACUUUCCGUGAAAGAUUAUUUUCGGAUCUCGGACAAAGAAUGUGCGAUAGUCGAACAUCCACAAUCCCAACUGUCCAGUCCAGGGUGGGUAAGGAUCAUACGUGGCAAGUACAAGGACGCCAUGGCCUAUGUCACAGAUUUGAAGUCGGCAAACGAGUCGCCGUCUGGUCACCCUCUUGUCUGGGUCUUAGUUGCUUUACGGGACUUUCCCUAUCCUAUGCCUAAGGGGUCUGUGGCAUUGCUGGACCGAUCUCGCCUUCCGGCUGGCAAUGCAGUAUCUGAUAUCAUUCAUGAUGGGGAAGUUGUGGGAUGUUCGUAUAAAGGAGAAGAGUACUACAAGGGGCUGUUACUAAAGAGUUUUCACCAUGAUCUCUUAAAUGUUGUCAACACCCCUCAUCCCGAAGAAAUUCAACUGCAUAUUGACUCUGGAUGGGACAGGCCCUCCAUGAAGAUCGCUGAGCGGGCAUUUUCACUGGAGUUCCUGCGCGUGGGCGAUUCAGCCAGGGUCAUCAUCAGGGAAUUUGGCGCAGAGAUUGGUGAAGUAGUCUCGACAGACCAUACAUUUGGUUCUGUCCGUUUGGAAUACAGCAUCGAGGGAGACAAAAUACAAUCAGAAGUUCGACUCCAGGACGUCGAGCACGUGUUUUGGGUUGGCGAUACUGUCAGAGUCGUAGUGGGUAUAUACUUAGGUUUAGAAGGUCACAUUGUUUCAAUGACAGACGACAUAUUUCACAUUUGUCAAACCUCUAUGAAGGAAGAGGUCAAAGUUUCAAAGUACCAUUUGGAUCGUCGCUCUUUGAAGCACACAUUACAAGCACAGCUGCCAACUCAGCAAUUUUUUGAGCCUCCCCCCGACCCCGAUGAUAUUCAAAUCAGGGAUUUAUACAAGUCCUUUUCAGAGAGCAUAUAG